AUGGAUUUUCAAAAUCAAUUGAGAGAAAACAUUGGUUCAAAAAAAGAAAUAUUAGACAGAGAAAUGUUAAAAUUUACGCUUAAAUUGUACAAUAAUCCAUUACUUUCCAGAAAAGCAGUCGGGGAGAUAAUUGAAACAUUUGACGAUUUCAUAUCAGAACUAUUUAUUCCAUUUCUUCAAAGUGAAAUAAAGAGCAACUUAGCACAUUUACAGCAUGAACAAUCUUUCAAGCAAGUACAAUUUAUUUUGGAAAACAAUAAGCAUACUUUUAAUGAAUUUUCUACUGAACACCGGAGAUUCAAACUUUAUAAAGAUCAGAGUUUCUAUAUUGAACCAGAAGAGAUUGAAAUUGGGGAAGAAGCUAUUCAUGUCAUUAAGGAUCCAGAAAACAUUGAGGUUAAAAUGAAGAAAGUCUACGCAGCUCAUGUUCCCUUAAAGAAAACGUUGGAAAAUUUUUUUAAAAUACCAGGAAUGUUUGAAGAAACGAAUGAACAUUAUAAAAAACUGAUGGCAGAAAAGGAUGUUAUAUCUAACUUUGUGCAAGGAGAUCUCUGGCGCAAAAAAUAUUGCUUGCAAAAUGAAGAAAAAAUUGUAUUCCCUAUUGGACUUUACUUUGAUGAAUUUCAGACUGGAAAUGUGUUGGGGAGCCACGCCCUUGAACAAAAAUUUGGAGGAGUUUACAUAUCAAUCUUGUGCUUACCACCUCAUUUAAUUGCGAAAUUGGAAAACAUCUUUGUUUUAACCAUUUUUUACUCAAAGCAUUUGCAAGAAUUUGGAAAUAAAAAUAUAUUCUCAAGAAUUAUUCAAGAUUUAAAUCUAGUAUCUGAUGAAGGUAUUAAAAUCAAUGUAAAUGGAAAGCAUUUACAAGUUUAUUUUGAAUGUGCCCAAAUAUUUGGAGAUAAUUUAGGAUUAAAUUAUAUAUGUGGUUUCCAGAAAAGUUUCAUAGCAUUACAUUAUUGCAGAAUUUGCAAAGCUUCUUCCAAGCAAUGCCAAGAGAUGCUUGUCGAAAAUAAAAAAUUGAUUAGAACAAUCGAAUCAUACGAAAAAGAUUUGUCAACAGACGAUUCAAAAUCAACUGGUAUCGUUGAAGAGUGUGUUUUUCACAUGGUAAACAAAUUCAACAUCACGGAAAAUGUAUCUGUUGAUUUUGCUCAUGAUCUGGAGGAAGGGGUCGCUGUUUAUUCUCUUAGUGGAGUUCUGGAACAAUUAAUUAAGGAUAAGGAAAUAACACUUGAUCAAAUUAACAACCGAAUCGAAACGUUUCCUUAUUCAGAUGCAGAAAAACCGAAUAAGCCUAGACCGUUGUUUUUUUCUCCUGACAAGAACGGCCGAUUUAAAUUAAAAAUUAAGCAAUCAGCUUCAGAGAUGCUCUGUCUUGUCAGGUAUUUAGGUUUGACACUGGAAAUUGUAUAUCAUACUUAGAAAGUUAGUUAGUGUUCUAACGUCUCCAAGGCUGACUAGGGGUGAAAUCGAAAACGUCAGGGAAAUUAUUCAAAAGCAUA